GACAUUGCCAACUGUGUAUAUGAUCAAUAACAUAUCAACUUUAUUGAGAUUCGGUGUCAUAGUUCACCCCUCCUCCUGGCAGAUGAUCUGAGACUCGCCCCAGUACCGUGGCAGAUGAUCCGCCUUGGCCUGCUUAGCAUUCAUAAACUGUUGACACAAAUAUGUGAGGUAAAAUGCUUCUUUCAAGCAUCUCACGUCCUGGCGUCGUCAGUAGGGCUGAGAUAGGUACUGAAGCGGCUUAUGUGAACUCUUACAACAUGCCUGUGCUGCUAUUCGCUCACUUGCUACACUUGGAUCGUCCACUCCCCUAUUUCCUCUCAGCGCAAUUCACAGUAGAGAGAUUCAUUCCAGGUCCUGAUGACUGCCGUCUGGCUAUAACGGGAAAGGUCUGGCUCUUGCGCCCGGCGCCAGGCAAGUCUCUGUCGUCAAGCCGUGUCUCCGCAGGUGUGGCGCCAUACUUACAUCCCUUUGCUCUACUUGUACAUCCUUUCUUCAGCAGCCCCCCUGGCCAGGAAACCCACGACGUUGGACCCGAGCCCAGCAUCUCAUCCUCUUCAGCCACAUGGUGCCGAUGUGGUUUUGUAGCAUGUUACAACGACUACGGACAAGGGUAUCUGUUGGGCACCUUCAUAUUAGUGGCGCUCCGGCCCAAAACGCUUCCAUUCCGCGGUUUACACAUACACACCCACCACCCCGGAAAUACUUGACAUGUCAUAACUUAUUCUUGUGCAGGCCGACUCAUUCGUAAUGUCCAACGAUGCGUUUGCGACUAUCGGCCUUGCUUCACCUUGCUGCCAUCAGCCUCAAUCAUACAUAGCCUUGACUCCGCCAUCGCUACUGCUGUUGCCACUCCUAUGCGCAUGCACAGGCAGAAGCUAGGGUGCGUCAAAUGUCAUACGUGCAGCAUCUACGCCUUGAUACGCUUAUACCUCGAAAUUGGGCUAAAUGUUCCUGAUCUAUGAGAUCUAACUCUGGCGCCACGGCCGCUCAACUCUCUAGAACGCUCUGACCCCUGACCAGUUAUCC